AUGGAAGAGGACAAGAAGAAAAUUGCCAGUGAGAUCAAUUUGAGUGGAUUUCAAUAUUUGAACGACAAGAGUACGGUGGUUAGGGUCUUCUGGUUCUCAGUAAUUCUCGUUUUCCUGGCGCUGACCGUGUACCAAAUAACGACUCAGGUCAGCAGAUAUGCUUCGAGUCCCGUUUCAACAAAUGUCGAGGUCGAAUACCCGGAGCAAAUAAUUUUCCCGGUGAUCGCCCUAUGCAACAAUAACCAGUUCAGGCAAAGCAACUUGCUCGGUUACAAGUUGAAGUACGAUGACGAGAUCUCCUUUUUUGAGCAAGUGAUCGACUCGAUCGGAAAUGCCUCAGCGGUAGAGUUUUUGCGUAAUUCAACUCACGACAUCAGAACGAUGCUCGCUGGGUGCACCUUGCCAAACGGUACACGAUGUGGACCCGAAAUGUGGACCCAAUUCUGGACCCUCAACGGGAUCUGCUGGGCGCUCAAUCUUGAUCACGUCACGCCAAUUGUGGUCACUAGUUCAGGUAAGGAUCACGGUCUCCGGCUGGUGCUCAACGUGGAAAGUUACGAGCGAGCGGACACGUGUGGACGCGUGUUGGACAGUCAACUCGAAACGGGAAUCAGAGUUCUAAUCUACAAUCAGACCGAGCUCCCAAUCACCACCUCUAAGGGACGUUCUUUUGACGCUGCUUUCGAGGAUUACUUAGCAGUAUACUACAAGAAAACCCAGAUCGAUGAAGAUUUCGAAAAAGAAAAUCUCGCCCUUGUCAACAUUUACCUCCAAUCGAACGCAAUCGAGACGUGGACUCAGCAAGAGGAAUACACUUUUUGGACUCUAGCAUGUGACAUCGGUGGCGCUCUUGGACUGUUCCUCGGUGCUUCGGUGGUUACGAUCACCGAGUUCGGAUACAUCAUCUUUCAGCAGUAUUGGCUAGUUGAUAGACAAAAGAAACGGUCACAGCCCGAAUCACUGUCGCUCAAA